AUGAGCUCUGAAGAUAAGGAAGGCUGUGGCCGCCCUCCCGAAGUUGACGACCACCUCUUGGAGAAAAUUAUCGAAGGUGAUCCGCUUACAACAACACGAGAGGUUGCCCAAGAACUAGGCAGUGACCACUCAACAGUUGUCCCCCAUUUGGAAAAAAUUGGAAAGUUGAAAAAGUUGAACAAAUGGGUGCCAACUGAGCGAGGCCCAAAGAAACCGCCGUUUUGA